AUGAACCAAUUUCAACACAGACCAGAUGUUUACACUGUUAUGGAUGUUGUAGAUGCUGUGGGUGUUGUAGAUGUUGUAGAUGCUGUGAAUGUUGUGGAGGCUGUAGAUGCUGUGGAUGUUGUAGCUGUUGUGGAUGUUGUAGAUGCUGUGGAUGUUGUGGAGGCUGUAGAUGCUGUGGAUGUUGUAGCUGUUGUGGAUGUUGUAGAUGCUGUGGAUGUUGUGGAGGCUGUAGAUGCUGUGGGUGUUGUAGAUGCUGUGGAUGUUGUAGAUGCUGUGGAUGUUGUGGAGGCUGUAGAUGCUGUGGGUGUUGUAGAUGCUGUGGAUGUUGUAGAUGCUGUGGAUGUUGUAGAUGCUGUAGAUGUUGUAGAUGCUGUGGAUGUUGUAGAAGUUGAGGAUGUUGUAGAUACUGUGGAUGUUGUAGAUGCUGUGGAUGUUGUAGAUGCUGUGGAUGUUGUAGAUGCUGUGGAUGUUGUAGAUGCUGUGGAUGUUGUAGAAGUUGAGGAUGGUGUAGAUGCUGUGGAUGUUGUGGAGGCUGUGGAUGUUGUAGCUAUUGUGGAUGUUGUAGAUGCUGUGGAUGUUGUAGAUGCUGUGGAUGUUGUAGAGGCUGUGGAUGUUGUAGAUGCUGUGGAUGUUGUGGAGGCUGUGGAUGUUGUAGCUAUUGUGGAUGUUGUAGAUGCUGUGGAUGUUGUGGAUGGUGUGGAUGUUGUGGAUGUUGUUGUUGUUGUAAGAGGAACCAUUAAGAUGGGACAAUGUUGCAAGGUAAAACUCCAAAAGAUAUUGUUUAAGAUGCAGAUUAUUCUCCAGUAUACACAAUACUGA